AGUUUCGAGUGAGUCGUCUCUCUCAUUUUUUUUUCUUUUCUCCUUUUCUCUUCCAUUCCUCUCACCACACUCUUACAUACACACCCAACCAAACCAAACAAUAUAUAAACAACAACAUUCUAAUCUCAUCUCAUCGCAUCACAUCACAUGAACCUUCCACCACUUUGAUCCCUCGCAGUUCCACCGAUGGCGGGUGCACUCUCCAACAGACAAUUCCAGCACCAACCACCAUCCUCCUUCUCGCGCCUCCUCCUUCUCCUCACUCUCCUCCCUCUCACCCUCGCCUCCAUCGCUUUCGUCCUCCAAUGGCGCGGUGGCGUCACCGACCCCCUCACCCGCUGGUCACCCGAUCAACCCCAGUUUCCCGGCAUGUCCUUAGCUUAUUCCACUCCCUCUCGCCGCACCUCCGAUUGUUCCAACCCCCUUUCCCAGUCUCUCAACCCCUCUUUCCCCUACUUCCGCGACUGGAACUUCGAUUUCUCCUCCCACCUCUCACCUAAGAUAUGUGUCACCACGAGCACCUCCGCUGGGUUGGAGCAGACGCUGCCGUGGAUCUUCUACCACAAGGUCAUCGGAGUCUCCAGCUUCCUCCUCUUCGUCGAAGGGAAGGCUGCGUUGCCUAAUGUCACUAGGGUUUUAGAGAGCAUUCCCGGGGUGAAGGUUGUGUUUAGAACGAGGGAGUUAGAGGAGCAGCAAGCUAAAAGCCGAAUAUGGAAUGAGACUUGGUUGGCAAGCUUCUUCUACAAACCAUGUAACUAUGAGUUGUUUGUGAAGCAAUCUUUGAAUAUGGAAAUGGCUAUUGUCAUGGCAAGGGAUUCUGGAAUGGAUUGGAUCAUCCAUCUGGACACUGAUGAGCUGAUGCAUCCAGCAGGAACCCCUGAGUACUCUUUAAGGCAGUUGUUAGCUGAUGUGCCCGGAAAUGUUGAUAUGGUCAUUUUUCCUAAUUAUGAAAGCAGUGUGGAGAGAGAUGAUAUCAAGGAGCCUUUCAGUGAGGUUUCAAUGUUCAAGAAGAACUACGAUCAUCUUCCGAAGGAUGUAUAUUUUGGAAAUUAUAAAGAAUCAACCCGUGGCAAUCCAAACUAUUUUCUUACUUAUGGAAAUGGGAAAUCAGCUGCCAGGAUUCAGGAUCAUCUCCGUCCGAAUGGUGCCCACAGAUGGCAUAACUAUAUGAAGACACCCAAAGAGAUAAAAUUGGAAGAAGCUGCUGUUCUGCAUUACACCUACACCAAAUUUUCUGAUUUGACUUCAAGACGUGAUCGGUGUGGCUGCAAGCCUACUAAAGAAGAUGUUAAAAGAUGCUUCAUGUUGGAUUUUGAUAGAUCUGCAUUCAUAAUUGCUUCCACUGCAACUGAGGAAGAAAUGCUUCAAUGGUAUCGUGAACGGAUUGUCUGGACUGAUAAAGCACUUAACAUGAGACUUAUGAGGAAAGGCAUCUUGACUCGUAUUUAUGCUCCCACGAUUAUUAUUCAAAGUUUGAGGGAAUCUGGUGUGUUUAGCUCCGUGAUUGCAAAAGCUACUCAAACGAAUUUAUCAAAAGAGAAGUUUUUAAAAUCUGUUGACAGUAGCAAUUCAACUAGGAAUUCCAGAUCAGAUAUGUUAUCUUCUAGAAAAUUUGAUGCCGGCAGGUUAUCCCAAGCAACUGGGAGAAGAAUUUUGAAAGUUAUAGAUGAUUCACUCCCAUCUGCAAUCCCACCGUUGUCUCCACCAAACUACGAUCAUGCUGACCUGAUUACUUAAUUUUUUGACUGAUUCCUUGCCAUGGCCAGAAAUUAUUUUGAAGAGAAUGUUAAUUGUGAGGAAGAAAAAGACAAUGAUAGAAGCUCUUCUGGCUGUCACGACGGGCAUUCCAGUUUUUUGGCUUCAUGGGGUUUUUCCCGAUCAUUACCCAAGCGCUUAUGUAAAUUUCAGGUAUAGAUCGUAGCCUUAGUAUAGAAAUCAUACAAAGCAGAUUUUGCUAACAUUUUAAAUUAUUCUUUUUUACCUCUAAUCUGUUUU